AUGUGCAGAUCAUUUUGUUCAUGUGAUCUUAGGACUUACGUAAAAAAUUGUUUUUCAAAUCUGAACGGUUCAACCUGUGAUAUACCACCGUGUUUCAUUAGAAUAGACGUUUCUCAUAUGAUUAAACUGUUUUGCCGUUUAAAAAUACUUAAUGAAAUUAGAAACAAACGAUUAAAAGAAUUUUAUGUACGCGGAUUUCGAUUGUUAUUAACUUCAACAACGUUAGAAAUGUUCAAACAAAUAUUGAAAUCAUUAAUGACAGUUAUUUUAAGUCACACAGAUGGUUAUCUAGAUGACAAUAAUACGAAACCAAAUUCUUCAGAAAGUAGUAGAAUAUUUUUAUUGUCAUUAAUAGACUCUACAUCAUACAAAGAAAAUAACUCUGAGGAAUUGGAAAUCCACCAUUUAGAAAAUGCAAGUGAGGAGUUAGAUGAAAAUCCAAUAACAAUCUAUGAGCAAGACGAAGUUAAGAUUUUCAUUGAUGAAGUAGAAAAUGAAAGUAAUAUUGAUGCAUUAAUUGAAGGCAAUAGGGAAUCAGCAUACUACUUACCAGGAUUAAUAAAAGAUUUGAAACGUUAUUGCUAUGAUUUUCCUCUAUGGACUUGA